AUGCGAGUUUUAUUUUGGAAUAUCAAUGGAGUUGCACGUGAUGUAGCUCAAGAUAAACUUAAGGAGUUAAUUAGAGAUUUUAAUCCAGAUCUUUUUUGCCUUGUUGAACCUAAAGUGCAUUGCUCUGCAGCGUUUAGUAACGGUCUUCUAAGGGAAGGGUUUUCUUCUCAUGUUAUUCAUAAUGCUUCUUCUUCUAGUGUUGCUAAUAUUUGGGUUUGUUAUUUAAAUACAAUAAGUCCUUCAAUAGUUAAUGUCAUCAAACAUGCCAUUACAAUUGAGGUUGACGGGGUUCAUGUUUCUUUUGUUCAUGCUAGCUAUAUUAAAGUUACCAGGAGAAGACUUUGGCAACAACUUAAUAUUCAUGGUGAUGCUAUUCCUUGGCUAGUCAUUGGUGAUUUUAAUUGUAUCCUUCGCCUAGAUGAGAAAAAGGGUGGUCUUGAGCCAAGAACUUCUGCUAUUAAUGAGUUUUCGGAUUGGUUGGAUGACAACAAUCUUUUUGAAGCUGAUGCUUUGGGUACUAAAUUCACUUGGACUAAUAGACAAUCGGGUACGGAUAUAAUUUUAAGUAAGCUUGAUCGUGUUGUUAUUAAUGCGGCUUGGCUUGCAAAAUUUGAGAAUUGGUGGUGUAAAGCUCUUCCUAGGGAAGUUUCUGACCAUUCUACACUUUUGGGUUUUCCUUUUGCUGUUCCAAGACCCAAAAGAGCACUCUUUCGUGUUCAAAAGAUGUGGGGUGAUCAAGGAGUGGAAUCUUUAGGUUUUGGUAAUGUCCAUUCUCGGAUAAAACAAGAUCAGUUGAGGUUUGAGGCAGCUGCUCUUUGUUCGGAUGAAGACCCUAAUGAUACUACAAAGUUAAAUCUCAUGAAAGAUGUUAUGGCUAAGCUUAGUGAAACGCGUCUUCAGCUGAACACUAUGCUUAAACAAAAAUCAAGAAAUCAGUGGCUUGUGGAGGGUUCAAGCAACACUAAUUUCUUUCAUAAUAGCAUUCGAAUUCGUAGAAGUUCUAACACCAUUUCUGAACUUGUUGACAGUGCCGGCAAUACAAUUUCUGAUUGUGACCAGCUUAGAGAUCAUGUUGUGCACUAUUAUGAAGACAAGUUCAAUGGCCUAUAA